UUGUGUUUGCAGGAAGACUAUAAUCUGACAAUACACUUACCUUUCCUUAAUCUCAUUUGGACAAACCUGUUUAUCUCGGCCUCUUUUGAAAGUAAAUUCCACAAUUCGAUCAUACACCUAGCUGGUUCACUCAGAUCAGAUUUCUAUUGUCCCGAAACCAAUCAUAAUCCCGGCCUCAUUGUCCUGACUGACAGAGACUGGAGUUACUAGAGGAGCUGGUAACUCCGCUUCAGAUCCUUAUUGUCAGGACGGGGACAUGUGACAAGGUUGUAUUCCCCAUUGACCUUUUGCACCAAUGAGUGCUGCAGACUUUGUUGCCGCUAUGGAUUACAUGGACAGCAUGAACUCCAGUGAUCUCAACAUCAGCUGCACUUCUGUAGACUGCAUUACCCUGGAGUCUGUGUCAUGCCCGAAUACACUGAACAGGAGUGCUCUGCUAUACACUCUAGCCAUUGUCCACAUCUUUAUUUUUGUUAUAGGACUUUUGGCUAAUUCUGUAGUCAUUUGGCUAAAUCUCCAGUCGAAGACUACCGGCUACGAAACUCACUUGUACAUCUUCAAUUUAGCCGUGGCUGACCUCUGCGUGCUUCUGACCUUGCCGGUAUGGAUUGUUUCAUUGGUCCAACAUAACCAGUGGCCGAUGGGUGAGAUGACCUGCAAAGUGACCCACCUGAUCUUCUCCAUCAAUCUCUACAGCAGCAUUUUCUUUCUUGCCUGUAUGAGCGUUGACCGCUAUCUGUCUGUGUCUCUACGUGGAACCAUUAGCAAACACCGGAGACAGAUUAUACGACGGCUGGUUUGUGUACUUGUCUGGCUUGUUGCCUUUGCUGUCUCGCUCCCAGACACAUAUUAUUUAAAAACCGUGUCCUCUCCAGUUACUAAUGAAACCUUCUGUCGCUCCAUGUACCCAGAAGAUACAUUCAAAGAGUGGCUACUGGGAAUGGAAAUCCUGAACAUCCUACUGGGUUUCAUCAUCCCAUUUAUAAUCAUUGCGGUCUUUUAUUGCCUGCUGGCAUGGACUCUGUCAUCCUCAUCGCCUUCUUCAUUGUCAUCAUCAUCCUCAUCAUCUGUGGACCAAGAGAGAAGAAUCAGUGGAAGGCUCAUUGUUUCUUAUGUAGUAGUAUUUAUGGUGUGUUGGUUACCCUACCAUAUUAUGGUGCUAUUGGAUGUAUUUUAUUUCUUACACGUGCUGCCCUUUAGCUGCUUGCUAGACAAUUUCCUCUACGCUGGCCUUAAUAUCACCCAGUGCUACUCGCUUCUUCACUGCUGCAUCAACCCAGUCUUGUAUAGCCUUAUUCACCGGAACUACCGCUAUGAGAUCAUGAAAGCAUUCAUAUUCCGUUACUCGUCCAAAACUGGCCUCACCAAGCUCAUUGACUCCUCUAAGGUUUCAGAAGCAGAAUAUUCAGCUGUGGAGCAAACUCCCAAGUGAGGUACACCAGAGACUGCCGCCACCGCUCCCCAGUAUAGACUGAGGUAUCUGGGAUCAAACUCAUUCGCAUUCCUGCCAGCGCUGGCAGAUGAGAGUAGAGUCUUCAGGCUACAAGUACGGCUUAAUUGAUAAAGCUGGCACUUCACCAAGCUACACGUCCAUCGCCAAGAGAGCACAAGCAAACUAAGACUGUGCAGCAAUAAUAGCUGUGACCAGGGAUUUCACUGCUUGUCUCCAAACAUCUGCUGUGGAACCGUACUCUAAAUAAAUGGCACUAAAGAGCAUGGACGUGUGGUCAUAUCUCACUUAAUUUUCUAUUAGAAAGGGCAUUGCCUGUUUAUCACUUAAUGGCCAUAAAAUGGUAAAACCUACUACCCCUCCUAUGUCUACAAGACACAGCCUUCCUGUCAAAAUAAGACUUUCAGCCAAAUAUUACUGAACUGGCAAAUGCUGUAAUAAAUACCCACAGGGAAAAUCCAGUCCAUUGAUAUCCUAUCAGCUGCUGCCUUUGUAUAUAUGUAAUAUAAAACAUCUUUUUGUAAAGCACAUAUAAAUAUAUCUAUAUUUUUCUAUAGCUUAUUGUAUUUAAAAGCCAAUUUAACUGGCAAUUCUUUGUAUUUGAAAUUCAAAUACAUAUGGAGAUAUAUAUAUAUAUAUAUCUCCAUAUAUAUCCAUAUAUAUGUAUUAUCUAUAUUUUUGAAGGGUUAUGAUCAUUGAACAUUGCAAAUGUUACUGUUGUUUUUUUCUAUAUCUACCUUUGGUGGUUUUGCUAAUACACAAAAGUACACAAAAGCUCUUUUAACCAUUAAAGCUUUGUACAA